GCCGCCUCGCGCCUCCCGCCCUUUCCUCCUCCACCUCCUCGGCGAGGGCCCGGCCGCUGCUCCGCGCCCCGCCCCGGGCCGGGGAUGCGCUGCGUGGCGGGCGAGGAGCGGGAUGGAGGUGGAGGAGGCGUUCCCGUUGGUGGGGCAGAUGGGGCCCUACCAGGUGUAUCUGUGCGUCCUGCUGGCCGUGCUUCUCCAGCUCUAUGCGGCCACUGAAGCCAUCCUCAUCGCAUUGGUGGGCGCAACUCCUCCUUACCACUGGGAUCUCCAAGAGCUCUCAGCAAAUCAGAGCCAUAGCAACCAGUCAGUGAGCGAGCAGAGAGCUUUUGGGGAAUGGCUUCUGAACGCCAAUGGCAGUGAGGUGCAUAAGCACGUACACUUCAGCAGCAGCUUCACAUCAAUAGUCUCUGAGUGGUUUUUAAUUGGCAACACAUCAUACAAAGUCAGUGCUGCCAGUUCUUUCUACUUCAGUGGUGUGUUUAUUGGAGCCAUCUCCUUUGGGCAGCUCUCUGAUCGCUUCGGGAGGAAGAAAGUCUAUCUUACAGGUUUUGCUCUUGACAUCUUGUUUGCCAUUGCAAAUGGAUUCUCACCCUCAUAUGAAUUCUUCGCCGUCUCUCGCUUCUUGGUAGGGAUGAUGAAUGGUGGGAUGUCACUGGUGGCCUUUGUUCUGCUGAAUGAGUGUGUGGGUACUGCAUACUGGGCGUUAGCAGGAUCUAUUGGUGGCUUGUUCUUUGCUGUGGGAAUUGCCCAGUAUGCUUUAUUAGGGUACUUCAUUCGUUCCUGGAGGACUCUGGCUGUUGUGGUUAACCUGGAAGGAACAAUCGUCUUUCUUCUCUCUCUAUUCAUUCCAGAGUCCCCCCGCUGGCUCUAUUCACAAGGCCGGCUGAAUGAAGCAGAAGAUGCCCUCUACCUCAUUGCGAAGAGGAACCGCAAGCAAAAGUGCACUUUUUCAUUAAAACUCCCAGCAGAGAGGAGCUCCAGAGAGGCUGGCAGCUUCUUGGAUCUGUUCCGAUAUAAGAUUCUCUUGGGACGCACCUUGAUCAUGAUGUUUACCUGGUUUGUGUGCAGCUUGGUUUACUAUGGUCUUACCCUUAAUGUGGGCGACUUAGGUGGAAGUAUUUAUGCCAAUUUAGCCCUUUCAGGGUUGAUAGAAAUCCCAGCAUACCCAAUCUGUAUUUAUUUGAUUAACCAGAAAUGGUUUGGUCGGAAGCGAACAUUGAGUACAUUUCUGUUCCUGGGAGGAUUGGCUUGUCUUAUUGUCAUGUUUCUUCCUAAAAAGAAAGAUACUGGAGUGUUUGCUGUGGUGAAUAGUCGCUCUCUGUCUUUGCUGGGGAAACUGACAAUCAGUGCUGCAUUUAACAUUGUCUACAUCUACACAUCAGAACUUUAUCCCACAGUGAUCAGGAAUGUUGGAAUGGGUGCCUGCUCCAUGUUUUCCCGUGUUGGUGGAAUCAUUGCUCCUUUCGUCCCUUCAUUGAAAUCUGUACAGUGGUCUCUGCCUUACAUUGUGUUUGGAGCGACUGGUCUUUUGUCUGGGCUCUUAAGUUUGUUGUUGCCAGAGACCUUAAACAGUCCUUUGCUAGAAACUAUUUCAGACCUGCAAGUGUGUUCGUACUGGAGGCUGGGUGACGAAGCCAUGUCAUUACAAGCCCUAGAUGGCUCACAGUCUGGAGACAAAGACAGUUCUUCGGGGAGUGGAAGUGAAGAUGAGGAGUUUUAUGAUGCUGAUGAAGAGACUCAUAUGAUCAAGUAAUGAAAAGAAGAAACACUGGCCUAUUUUAUGCCUUUUCUUACUUGUCCAGUCAGACCAGCUGUAAGUCGAAUGCUGGGGAUCUCACCUGUCAGGGAAUGUAAUUGGGCGAGUGCCUGUGUCUUUUCCUGACCAGGAGAGGGUUUUGAGUACUGUUCAGUCUAAUUACACCGCUGAUGCUCUCCAUAUGAGACAGCUGUUCAAAUUCUUGUGGUUCAGAAUAACAGUGCACAGACCGAAGCUGAAGCCAAGUGAGACAGCAAGGGUGGGAUUAAGUAUUUGCCUAGGAAAUUACCUAGGCUUAGACAGAUUUGGACUGUUCAUCAAUGCACAUGGUUGUAUUUUAUUUUCAAGGUGGUUGAUUUUUGAUUCCGUAUAAAUCGAUAAGCUUGAAAACAUCCACUGUUGUUUUCUGUAGGGUGAAAGCGGUCACAGAAUGUGCUGUAUGAAACCCUGGUGGGAACAGAGUUCUGAAAUUGUAUGUUAAAAUGGCUUCUGCAUAUUGAACUGGGGGAGAGGCAACUACGAACAUAAGGUUCUUGUCUGUGCGUACAGACACCUGUGUGGAGAGUUACAGGGUGCAGCUGAUUAGUCAUGUGCCGUGCAUUAACGUAGUGAUAAUUGAAUGCUGGGAGGAAGGACUAUGGAAAAGAGCAAAUAUAAAACCUGCAGAUGUAAAGGACAUUACUGAUAUUUUUUUUUUUUCCUUCUUUUCAUCCACCAAGCAUCUUCUUGGGCUGUCUUAUACAUAUAUUUGCCACAUGUUCCUCACAUCUCAGCACUGCUGUUUAUAGCUUUAAGUCUUUUACCUUGUCCUCACUUUGCCAUAAGUAUAGAAGCUCAGCAACUUCUCUGUGCAGUGAAAUAAUUCUGUGAAGGAUAUAAUUUCGUGGGUGGGGCAUAGGUGAGGUAUUUAUCACAUACUGUGUUUGUGAGGUGUGUGUUAGAAUAUAUAGCUCAUUUUUGUGGACCUGUCUAUCUUUAUUUCUGGAAGAAACUUAACUCUGAAGUGGUAAGAGGAACUGUGUGUUGCUGUUACACUUCGGGGGUUAUUGCCAGGAAGCUGCUAGUAUUUAUUUAUAAAUCUUGUGUGUAGAUAAAGUUCUCGGUUUUUUUUCUUUUUAAAAAAAAGGCUAACCUCUUUGAGGCAGCAUUUGGUUACUUGAUGUUGUUUCUUAACCGGUGUGUGCUCAAGCACUUGGUUACUUGACCUUCUUGAAGGCAACUUUCUUCUGCUGUUUACACUGAACUUCGUGUAAGUGCUUCAUCAGAGGGAUAGGGAAUCUUGAAAUAUGAAACAUGAACAUAUGAAAUGUUACAGCUACAAAGAUGAGGCCUUACAAGGAUUCAGUUUUCUUGAUUACAUUGUCAUCUUCAUCCUCUGAUCUGUGGCUUUCUAUUUAUUAAGAUUGAUUUCUAUAAAAUAUUUAUUAGUCUUUAUACUUGGAGUUCCUAGCAAAGUGCCACACAAUGGCAGCAAGUGUAUUGUCAGGCUCACUAGCCAUUUUUAGGGAUGUUGGACUAAAAAAAAAAAGCUGGAUUAAAAAAAAAUGGAAAAGCUGACUGCUGAAUAUUUUCUGGUUAAACUGAGAAGCUUCUUUACUCUGAAAGAAGGUGAAAGUAAAUGCAUCUGAAUUCUGUACCUAGCUGCGUGAACUUUGUUUGCUGGGAACUGUAAUGCUGAGCAAAGUGCAGCUACCCUGGUUGGUGCAGAGAGCAGCCCAGAGACAGCAGAUGCCCACGUGCAGUAAUCCCACUUGGCCUGAACUUCAUCCAGGCAUUGACUGUGAGCAAAGUUGGGAACUUCAGUCCCUAUGGACAAUGUAUCAAUAUUGUUGUAAUUUUUGCCUGUUACGAGCUUCACUAGAAGAAUUCCAGCCUGCAGUCUGCACUUUGUUUUUUCCAGAUUGUUGAAUAGUUGUAGAUGUGGCAAAGCACUUUUAAACACAGCUGCAUAGUCUUUCUGCCUUAUUUGGUCCUUUUGUAUGCAAGAAAAUUACUCCAAAUAAGACACUUGGAAAUACUUUAAAAAAAAAUAUUCUUUUCCUAGUUUUGCAUUCACAUUUUGAAUUAUGGACAGCUGGAAAAAUUACUUUUUGUUGCUGAUGGCUUUUAAAUAAAACCUGCUUGCUUAGAAGCAAACAGUGAUAAGCCUGGUGGUAUUAACAAACUGCUAAGACCCAACAGGUUUUUUAGGUGUGUGCUGCCUCUGUCCCUCUUUGGAUGGUAGAUGGAGUAAGUCAUCUGGGAGGCAGACAGGAGCUGUUGGGUUUCCUCCCUCCAUAGUUUCACAGUUGUUGCUGCUGGCACCCCUCGUUAUGCCACACCUCAACAUAAUUUUCAUUAGAAAGGUAGGAUGCUGUAAUGGUUCAGGUGGAGGAGAUCACUCUUUGCAGGACCUGAGCUGGAUUUUGUGACAGUCACCAACUUUUAAUUAAACUUACCUCUCCACUCAUGCACUCUUGUAUCAUAAGUAUACGUGUGUAAAAUUGCAAAACCAAGAGUGAAAAUAACAUGAGCAGGUUUUUUUCCAUAAAAGUUGCUGCUCUUUUUUUAACCUUAAAUAUGUUCUGUGUUUGCACCUUUGGAGUUUUACAGGGCAGCAUCCUUUUUUUGUCAACCAUAGGAACUCUCUAUUGUUACUUUCCCUGCCCAGUUAAUUCAGAAGUUUUAUAGGAGAGAAUCCAUUCAGGAGGAGCUCAGCAAUGUAAUAUCAGGCUUCUUAAAAUUACUUGGUCUAGUAAUUCCUAGAUUAGGAAGUCCUAAUCCAUUAGGUGCAUUAAGCUUCUUUUCAUAGAGGUUUGUUUUAUACAAACUCGCUUUCUAGUACAGAAAUGUGCAGGUUCACUUUUUUCUUACUCAUGGAGUGUAAUGCUUUAUAGUAUUGAGAUACUUGUGCUACAUAUAAUGUUCACUGGGGAGAGAUGCUGUACAGUGUUAUGUAGCCUACGUGGUCAGCGUUUUCUGUAUCUAGAUAGAGCGUUAUUGCUAAGCAAAAGUUCUUCAGCUGAGCAGUACCUGCUCUUAUGUGUGUCACAGCCAUGUUACUUGAAAGCCCGAAUCAGAAGGUCAGAGAGAACUUGUGAUGUUGAAGUUAUGUGUAAGCAGUGUAUGUAGACCCAAUUAAUAAAUCUCAGUGUUUCAGCAGUACGUUUGCCCUGAGGAGCUACUGCAGAGCAGAGGCUGAGGCAGCACUAGAUACACCACAGCGUAAAACAUAUGUUGUGAUGCUGAGCCCGAGACUUGGAUCCUUGCUAUAGUUGAGUGAAGGAUGACAACCUUAUCCCACAUUUUUUGCUAGACUAGCUUUGUAUACUAAGCAGCCUGCACUGUUAACUGCUUUUUGUGUUGUGCAGGCACUACAAUACCUAACCCACAGGAUGGGAAUUCCUUCCCUGGACUCCUUUUGGUUUUGGAGCUGUCAUUUUUUUUUUUCCAGCCAGCUCACUUAGUGGGAUUAUGCUAGAGAUUAAAGAGGCUUUCCCAUGGUGCUGAUUAAUCAGAUUUUAGUACUGUCUCAGCAGAAUCCCAAACAUACCUCACCUGUCUGGGGACCUCACAAGUGAUCCUUGAAUACAGCUAAAAGUGAGGGAGAGUGACAGGUCAUGUGAGUCAGCAUGGAGGAGAAUUAGCUGGAGGGAGUUGAAAGAGUAGAGGAUUCAGCAAAAAAACUUUAGGGCAAGGGUAAGUGAAAACACAAGAUAGUAACCAUUGGGUGGAAGUGCCCUUCUUGCUGCUUGUGUUGGCUUGCAGCUUCUCCUUUCAGAGCUAGCAUUGGUUCCAAAAUGUCCUACUGGGGUCGGCAGUUUCAUAAUUUCCUUUUAACAUAGACUUUGUUCAGCGCUACUAUAGUGAUGAAACAUUUGGAUCAAUAUAAAAUGUGGCACACUUCAGUUUUCUUUUGGACUCAGCUUUUCUAUGAAAUGGCAUGUCUACUUAAAUCAUUAACGUUUAUAAAACCCUCUUUGGGAGAAUGCUGUCCAACUGGUCAUCACUUAUUUGCCAGCUUCCCUUUAGAAAGAUAGGAAGAUCACAAUUAUUUGGUUCACUUUUUUCACACAACUUCUUGUGAAGUGAUACCUCAGCCUUUUAAAACAGUUUUAGUACCUGGCUGGUUUUGAUAGGCUGAAGAGAAUAGAAAAAGAAAGUGAUUAAACAAAUUAACUUGUCAAAACUACUUCCUCUGAAAACAAAGUUAGUACUCUCCAUUUAAGGAUUAGAAAAGUGCUGCUCAGACUCCCUGUUGCACCAGAAACUUAGAAGGUUAAAGGAGGGCCACAGGUGACCUGAUGUUCAGGUCAGGUUGCUGAGUGAAGAACAUGUCCACAUCUCUCCAGAGACACCAAAUUAACGUGGAGCAGACUGUAGCUAGUUGCCACCUUUGUUACAGCCAAGGCUUUAAGGAUUGCUGCCACAUGCUCACCUGGUUACAGUGUGAAAUCCAUGCCAGGGUUUCCAGACUGUAUGGAUGUACUGAGGUUAGCAGAAUAUCCCUUGCAGAACUGUGGGGAAUGCAGUUGAGCAGUACAUUUUCCAGUCUGUUUAACCUAAACAUAUAAAAGCGGUUUGCAAGAGAAUGUUUUUGUUGUACUGAGAAAAAAGGGAAAGUGAGGAACCAACCUACUUUUCCGAGAGUGUGUUAAUGGAAACGUUUGAGCUAACACUUUUCUUCCCAAGUCUUCUGUGUAAUCACCAAAUGCAAGUUUGGUUAGUAUUCCUUUGUUCUAGCUGAAGGAUGGUGUGCUAUGCAAACCUUUUCCUACCCUCUUAGAGCUUCUUUCAUCAUGCUCUUUGACACGGCUGAAUCCAGGCAUCUGUGCAUGUAAGUUGUGAGCCAUACAGUAAAUCUGUCAAAAAAGCCCGAGAGCAGUGCUGUCACUUGAUGGCGGAAGAUAGUCUGGCCUGACACACUUAAUGCCAGUGUCAGAAAUGUCUAUAUUCAGCUGUUUACCAAACAGGAGGCUUAGGAUGUAGCUGUGUUUUGAGUCUUACUGCUUGUAUCUUACUACAAGAUGUAUUAAGUGCAAGAAAGAUACCUACACACACAAAAAAACCAACCUCUGUGACAGAUCUAAAUGUAGAACUGGAGGGUGAACAAAUUUAUACAAAAUUUUUUUCCGUGCUAUGUAUUUUUAUUGUCUUGUCCAGUCUGUUGUAGCCUUCAGAUUUUCCAGGUGCUAGGUCUAACAGCUGGGUAAAACGUUCACCCUGACAGUUUGAAUUUACUGAACAUGCUCAUCUUAUUUUUGGUACUACUUGCUGUUUCUGUCAUUCUGAGAAGGGCUCCUGUAUUGCCUAAUGGGGAGCAGAUUUUUCUGUUCUGAUUUGAAGUGCCUGUUUUAUAAAAGUCAUCUUUAAUUUCCUCAGCCAACUUGAUAGGGGACUGUGUGUAAAGUAACAUCAUAGAAUUGUAUUACAUAAGUGCCAAAGACAGUUUUUCUGGAAAGCAAUGGUCCAAAACUAGUUCUAGCUGCAUUCAUUUGGAAUUCUUCCACGCAACCUGCUACAACUGAUGUUUACAAGCAUCUCUGGAGCUUUAGGGGACAGAAAGAGUUACCUUUGCGUGUCUUUCAUUGCUCAGUUCACUUAAGUAGCUUUUCUUUCUGAGAAACCAAAUAAAUUAAAUGAAGGAUUUAAAUAAAGCGUAGGUUUUGUAGAAUGUGCAGAGUUUAUACCAUGUAGCCAUUAUCGAGAAAUCUGCAGAGCCUGUUUGCUUCAGAGUUGCAAAUGUCAAAGCUUAUUCUGAGACUGAUAAAACCUGGGUUUAAAACUGCACAUUGGAAUUUGUUAGUUCAUUCACCAGCCUUACAAAUUAGCAUUGCUAAUAACAGCUCGCCUGGAGCUUCAGAGUAUCUAGCACUUUUCUAUAAAAAUGCACAGUCUGAGGCAUUGCUAAAUAAUAACAUCUAAAGUUUAAAUCCCUAUUACAACUAAAAUUCACUGCAAGUCAGCCCUGUUGUGGCUGCUUCUUUGCCAGUAAAUAGGCAGGUUUGGGCAGCAAGAGCUGGCUGUCCCCAGAAGAAUGGUUUAAAAAAAUAUAUAUCUUUCUCCAGUGUGUGGGCAGAGCGAAGUAGGACCAUGGGGUGUCAGGGUCCUGUUGUACACGGCAAGCUUAUAGGGUGGAAUAUAUUUAAAUAAGUAGUUGUCCACUCUCAUUUACAAAAGCAAAAGGGUAGUAGAUGAAACAGGUCUUUUACAGCUUCCCGUCAACAUAUCUGAGGUGACCGUAUUAUACCUACUUUUAUCAGGAGGCAGGAAAAAGUAUGGUGGUAAGAAUACCUUUGCCAAUAUUGAAAGUUAUAUUUACUUAAAGAUGACCCAUGAGAGGUAUCUGGCACAUCUGUGUUCAAACAACAUGUUUUUAAAUGAUGAAAAUUUGAUUGGGAGACAGGCAUUUCUGGUGUUUGUAGGAAAAAAAUAAUCAGUGUUGAUGAAAAUUGUUACAGAGCAGACAACUGCUGGGUGAUUUCUGAUGAAAGAAUGUAUUGUGGUUGCUGUGAUUUCAAGUAUGCCUCUAAAAGACUAGUUUUGAGUAUUUAAUCCUUGUCACUCUCCAAAGUCUAAUCCAAAUUUUAUUUUCUUCUUGUUAAAAUUUAAUUGGUACUUCUAUUGCACUACCUUUCCUUCCUGAAUCUAAUGAGUCUGAUUUUUAAGCUACCUCUUUAUGUUGAGCUUUUUUGUCAAUUUUGUAUUUAAUUAAUUUUUCAGAAGGUAGAAAAUAUUUCCUUUGUUUAUUUAUGUAGGAGUCAAUGACUUAAGGACCACAAGUCCUCCUUCUGUUUAAAGUUUUUUCUUAAAGGCCUUUUAAAUUUAGUUAAAAGACUUAAGCUUUUGAAGGAGCAGAAUAAUUACACACUUAGAACAUGGAUUCUCCUGUGUGUACUGUUUGUUUUUUAGAAGGGCCUGAAAGCCCUUGGUUUUAUACUAAUCUCAGUUGAGGACCUGACUUUUGAGGCAAUAAAGUUUUGAGUUGGGGAGUUUUAAUCAAUUUAAUUUAUUGGCAGUUAAGGAGCUUUUAAGUGCUGGUUUUGGAACUGGAAGAAAACCUAAAGAAAACACUGCUGCUUUCUUCCAGACAAUGCUUUUCGCUCUCUCGCCCCCAUGCCACCCCCCACCCCAAGGUGGUCUCCAGUUCCUUGGCUGUGUGCUAUGCUCGGGCCCUUCAGCAAGGCAGCGGGUAGGACAGGGGACUGGGAUCAGUCUGUUGCGCUUGCUGCUGUUCUGCUGCUCCUUGUUUCUUACUCUGCUUUCGUGGGGUUUCUUCACCAGCCGCCAAUCCCUUUAGAGUUGUAGCUUCUUCUGAGUCUACUCUCAGCCUCUGCUCAGGCUAUGAUUUUUCCUUUGGCAUUUCUCCUGCUCAGCUGUCUCUCCUUCCCGCUCCUCUUGUGCUGGCAUGGUCCCAUCCUUUUUUCCUCCCACUGCUAUAGCACUGUAAUCUCUUUCUUGGCAUUUAUUGCCCUUUCUUAAACAUGCCCUUGCAGAAGUGACAGAAACUCCUCUGGCAGUGUUGGAGUACAGUGGGUCAGUGCCCUCUGUGCCCAAGAGGCGCAGGAGGAUCCAUCUGAAGAUCACUUUUUUUACUGUGAGGGUCACUGAGCACUAACACAGGUUGCCUGGGGAAGUUAAUGGAGUUUCCACGCGUGGAAGUAUUCAGAAGGUUUGUGGACAUAGUCCUAGGCAGCCUGCUCUAGUAGGUGGCCCUGCUUGAACAGAGUGGUUGGACUAGAUGACCUCCAGAGGUCCCUUCAAACAUCAGCCGUUCUGUGAUUCCUGUGCCGCCUGUUGUUGAGCUGGCUGGGACCCGCACGGGGCAGUCACUGGCCUCUUCCCACACAAGACACCCCACAGCCCCUCUCUACCAAAACCCUGACAGUUAUGCUCGAUACAUGACGGUGUAGGGGUUUCUUGCAAGUAAAGGCCUUAUAGUUUGGGCUGACAGUUUUUGUGAGUUGUAAUUGGUACUGUGUUCCCUUUCUGUGUUAGUGUUGUUGUAGGUCAAAUAAAUGAAACUCCUAAGGACAUAAUCAGACAUGUGUAGCCAAGUUCUGUGUCUGUUUACAUUUGCAUCCCUGCUGAUUUCAGAAGACAGAACUUAGAUCUCCACUUGACCAGAGGAGCAGCCAAAGGGGUAAACUACUUUUUCUGCUCAACCCUUCAUCAUGAAAACAAACCUUUGUAUAGUCUCUAUAUCCUUUAGACUUUGUAUUGUUUCCUCAUGCCAGAUUAAUUUGAACCAACCGUCAAAAAGUCCUUGGCAGUUGAGAGUUACUUGAGUAGGAGGAAAGUAGAAAUUGGGGGGGGAAUAGAUUCACUGCUUCAAACAAAAAUCAAGUUCUAUAUGGUUGGUGUGUGUUAUUUUUAAAUAUUUUAUUUGGAUUACUUGAAUACUGAGUGUUAUGAGCCUUCCCAUGUUAAACUGAGGACUGAUACGUUUCAGAAGAACUUUAACUGUAUUAGUGUGUUGCUGUUAACUCAGAGUUAUACCGCCGAAUGUUUUUAGAAUACUUGACCUGAGAAGUCACAACUAAAGACAGCAUAAGCUUUUCCACAACAGACCUUUUCUGGUGGUAUAUCCAUAUGUUCUGUGAACAGCUGUUGGAUUCAUCUUUUUAAGAUGUUCUUUGCCAUGAGUGAAGGACCAUAACAACUGUUGAAAUAUUCAGAACAAUUGCACUUACCUGUUCUGUUUUCUUAAUGUGUUUCCUAUGCAUACUGCCUUACCUGUAUGUACUGUACUUCACUGAAGGUACAAAAAGUAAAUAUCAGGUUCUUAAUUUAUAAAAUGUAAAUGAGUUCUAAAAAUAAUUCUGUAAUAGUACAUAUUUUCCAGUGAUAUCUGUCUUCUAAGAGAAGGGUGGUGGUGGUAAUCCAGGUGAAUUUAGUCAAGAGUUAAUAUUGGUGGUCUUCACAGUCUCACUUAAUUUCUGAAUGAUUUUGAUCAUUUGAAAUACAUUUUUUUCUUUUAAGAUUUUUUUUUAGAGGCUAACCUAUGUUAGUAAGCCAACUUUAAGGUGAUUUGUAACAGCUCUGAUACUGCCUCUGACUCAUACAGUUCAUAUAAUGUCUUUGUAACUUAUUUUGUGCCUUUUCUUCCCCUGACACACAAUCUCUCAAUAAAAACAAGCUCUUUUGCAACACUGCAAACCUA